AUGAAAGUCGGAGAUGCCACUAAACCUUACAGCAACCGACUGACCAUGGCAAAGCAAAAAAAGGUGGGGCUGGACUUCGCCCAAGAUCGUGCACUUCCCUCCAUCACCAGUAGAAGACAUCACCUUCCACCAAACAUGCGGGAGGCAACAAUACUGCAUCAGAUAGAAGACAUUUACUACCCUGUUAUUGCAGCUGUGGGAAUUCCAGUCAACUUCAUGGCCAUUGUGAUCCUGUCGAGAGGAAAGUGCGGACUCUCCAGGUGUAUCAAUCUCUACCUGGUGGCCAUGGCAAUGGCGGAUUCGAUGGUCAUUUUCACUGAUGUGCUACUGUACACGAUCAUUCCUUUUCAUUUCCCGGGAACUUACAUGGACACCACUCCUGCAAGUUCCCUCAUACUCGUCCUGCUCUCUGCAGCCACCGAUGUCUCUGUCUGGUUCACCGUCACUUUCACCUUCGACCGAUUUGUUGCCAUCUGUUGUCAGAAGCUGAGAACAAAAUAUUGUACCACGGAAACUGCCACAGUGGUUCUAACAGCAGUGAGCGUGGUGCUCAGUCUGAAGAACAUCCCUUGGUAUUUUAUAUAUGAGCCUGAGUAUAUUGUUGACAAUGUACCUUGGGGUGUGAAAACCUUAUCGAACUUUUACACGGAAAGUGCCUGGGUGGCUUUUGACUGCCUUUCUAUUAUUUUAACCCCUUUCCUUCCAUUCCUCCUGAUUCUGCUGCUCAAUGCCUUGACGGUCAGACACAUUCUGGUGUCAGGCAGAAUCCGCAGGAAGCUACAGCAAUGCAACAAUAAUGAGGAUCACCGUGAUCCAGAGAUGGUGAAGAGAAGGAAAUCCAUCAUUUUGCUCCUCACCAUUUCAGGCAGUUUUAUACUUUUAUGGAUGACGAAUGUUCUGUUUUUCCUCUACUGGAGGAUUGCAAAUGUUUAUGAUUUCACGAGUGUCCAUGACCCCAGUUACAUCGCUAAACAAACAGGCUACAUGUUGCAGCUUCUGAGCUGCUGCACCAACACCUGUAUUUAUGUGGUGUCCCAGACUCGGUUCAGAGAGCAGCUGUGGGAUGCCCUAAUGUACCCAUUCACCGCGGUUGUUGCAUGGUUUCGGUGA